AUGGCGGGGAAGGAGAGGGAGGUGGGGCAGUCGAUCCUUCGCAGGCAGGUCUUCUGUAUUGGCACGGCGGACACGAAACUGGACGAGCUCCGUUUCCUCUCCGACUGCGUCCGAUCCUACCUCGGCAGCUUCUGCUCCUCCAAGGUGUCAUCUCCCUCUCUCUCUCUCUCUCUCUCUCUCUCUCUCUCUCCAGAUCUAUACGGCCAUUCACAGCAUAUCACAAUGCCCUCUGCCUUUCUAUGGAGAACCCAGGUGGAAGUCACCCUUAUCGACGUUUCAGUCGGCGGGAAGGAAUUCGAUACCGUGGAGGGCUUCGACCUGGUGACGAGGAAGGAUGUGCUCUCCAGCCGCCCACAGCAAGAAGGGCGGCCGCCCUCCCUCCAGCUGCCCGCAGACCGAGGAGAGGCCGUCGGCGUGAUGAGCGAGGCGCUCAAGUGUUUCCUGAGCGCAGCCCACGGCGGCGGAGGUCUCGCCGGAGCCAUCGGCAUCGGUGGCAGCGGAGGAACCUCCUUAAUCGCCUCUGCGCUGAGAGCUCUCCCUCUGGGGUUCCCCAAGCUCAUAGUCUCCACUGUGGCCAGCGGGGAGACCGGACACUACAUUGGGACCUCUGAUUUGGUCCUGUUUCCCUCUGUCGUUGACUUUUGUGGGCUCAAUAGCGUGAGCCGGGUCCUUCUGUCCAAGGCGGGGGCGGCCGCCGCGGGGAUGGUGGCGGAGAUUCUCUGCAGAGUUGAUGAUGGAGGUGAGGUGGCAGGGAAGCCAACCGUCGGAAUCACCAUGUUUGGCGUCACCACUCCCUGCGUGAAGGAAGUUACAGAGAGGCUGGAGAGAGAAGGCUUUGAAACGCUCGUGUUUCACGCCACUGGUACUGGCGGAAGAGCCAUGGAGGAUCUUGUUCGUAGCGGCUUCAUACAGGUAUACAUGCCAAGAUUUGUAUUUCGAUUUCUGGGAUUUACUCUGCUCUCGUGUCUCGUUGACCUCUAGCUUCACUUGUGGUCGCUUCCCCCCCCGCCUCAUGUGUCGUUGACCUUAAACUUGCAGAGUCUGUCUUGAGCAGUGCAUCGAUUUUAGACGUCUGAGAAGAUGACGAGUCUGACUUCUUAGUCAAAAUUCUUUUUUUUUUUUUUUUUUGCAUCGCGUGUUGUUGACCUGCAAUUUGUGUGAGCCGUCUUGUGCAUUCAACUGAAUGUCGGAAGGGAUGAGGAUUUUUACUUCCGGGUUCAGCUUUUAUUUCUCUCUUUUCUCGGUGACCUCUAAUUUGUGUGGGCUGUCUUGGGCAGUAGGUAGAUUUUGAUAAAGUCAGAGGAUAUGGAGAUUUUCGUUUUUGACUUUUUCCCCCUCUCAUGCCUCGCCGACCUUCAGAUCUGUGUCGGCGGCCUUGAAAAUUUUCUUGAUUUGGAAGGACUGAGGAGGAGAUGGGGAUUUUGGCUGCCAGGUUUGACUUUUUUCGAUUCUCAUGUCUUGCUGACCUUCAAGUUUGCAUGGGGGGAAGGGGGGUUCUUGGGGAAUCACGUAGAUGUUGAAAGUCCGAGAACAUGAAGAUUUUGACUUAUGGGUCUGACUUUUUUUUUCUGGUAAUGUCUUAAUGGCUAAUCUGUGCAGGGGGUUUUGGAUGUCACAACAACUGAGGUCGCUGACUACAUAGUCGGAGGGAUCAUGGCAUGUGACAGCUCACGCUUUGAUGCUAUGAUUGAGAAGAAGAUUCCUUUGGUCGUCAGCGUAGGGGCGGUUGAUAUGGUAAACUUUGGGCCACGGCAUACCAUACCUUCCAAGUUUGAUCAUCGGAAGAUCCACGUGCACAACGAGCAGGUCAGCAGGGGUUUUCCCUUCGCACUUGCUGUCUUUUCGAUAAUUUUCGAGUGAUUUCGGUUUUUAUUCGAAUGCUUGAAUGUUCUUGGGGAAGCACAUGGUGCAAAGAAGGAACAAGGAACUGUGUCCUAUUUGAAAACUUCUCCGGAUUCAAGCGACUGAUCCUGUGCAAAAGAACUGUGUUCUUUAAAUAGCAUUUUAUCGACAAUGAUGAUUAGGGUUAUCGUUUCCCUGGAGAUUCCACAGAAAAAGCAUUUGCGAGCUGAUCAUCUUCUUCUUCUGCAUCAUGGAUGGCUGUGAAUCCGGUGAAACGUUUGACGAUUGGCAGAUUUCACUGAUGCGGACGACGGUGGAGGAGAACAGCAAAAUCGCUGGAUUCAUAGCAGAGAAGUUGAAUCAAUCCUCGUCGAGCGUCUGUCUCUGCCUCCCGGAGCAGGGUGUAUCCGCCUUGGACGCCCCAGGACAGCCCUUUUGCGGUCCAGAAGCCAGGACUGCUCUGAUAGAUGGAUUAGAAGAACUUAUAGAGAAGAGCGACAUGCGCCAGGUACCGACCACCGACCACAUCUGGAUGAUGGAAUCCUUCGUGUCAACGUUUUACGCGACGGAUGAUUGGCCCUUUUGAAUAUGUUUUUCGAGAAGUCAAUCGUAAAGAAGAAUUCGAUUAGUACAGGUGAGAAGAUAUCCCUACCACAUCAACGACCCCAGGUUUGCGGGAGCACUGGUUGACUCGUUCUUGGAGCUCGCCGGCCACAUCUGCAAGAAUGCGAGUCCUCCUCUGUCGAGUGUUCCCAAGUCAGCACAUCAACGACCCCAGCCAUCAGUCGGGGACAUCUCUGUUAGGCCCAUCGUCUUGAAGAGCCCCGUUGACUUUCCAAAUGCGAAGACAGGUCAUCUUCUCCCACGGAUAUUAAUGUUACAUGCACCGCUAGAUGAAUUUAACCCUCGAUUUCGAGUGGACUGAUUAUUCACCAUAGGCCAUGCUCUGGUGAUCUUGGGCACUCAGUGCUUUUGAAGAGAGGGUCACCUCCUGCUGAUGAUCAUCGGUGAUUCCAACAGAAACCCUGGAGAGAACGAGCAGCAUACUGCAGCGUUUGAAGGAGGAAAUAAGCAGAGGUGAGCCCAUCAUCGGAGCUGGAGCGGGGACGGGGAUCUCUGCGAAGUUUGAGGAAGCGGGUGGUGUCGAUCUGAUAGUUCUCUACAACUCUGGCCGAUUUCGGAUGGCGGGAAGAGGGUCACUGGCCGGGCUACUUCCCUUUGCGGAUGCCAACGCGGUUGUAGUCGACAUGGCCAAUGAAGUAUUGCCGGUGAGUUCUUUCACUCAUUUGAUAUAAAAAUCUGUUCCUGGGGGAUGGAUGUAGGCAGCCAGUUUUUGUUUUAAUCUUUGCUUGAAAUUGCUGACAUCUUUAGGAUCAUGCAAACUCUUUGAACCCACCAAAGAAAAAGAUUCUUUGAUAAGAGAGAUUUCCAUGAAUCUUGAUCGUUUUUGAGAUCAUACUUGGGUUCUUUUUUUUUGUUUUUUGUUUUUUUGUUUGAGCUUGUUGACUUUUACUUGCGUAGGUUGUGAAGAAUGUACCGGUUCUUGCCGGGGUGUGUGGUACCGAUCCAUUCCGGCGAAUGGACUACUUUCUGAGGCAGCUGGAGCAGAUUGGCUUCUCUGGAGUGCAGAAUUUCCCGACGGUUGGGCUCUUCGAUGGCAAUUUCCGCCAGAACUUGGAAGAAACAGGGAUGGGAUACAGGUCGGUUUGAGUAGCCUUCUCCAGCCGCAAUCUGGUGAACGAUUUUCUACUUAUAGAUAUAAAUAUUUCAAGCACUUUGUGAGUCUAUGCAUUUGUUGUCAGUUUGGAGGUGGAGAUGAUCAAGAAAGCGCAUGAUAUGGGCUUCUUGACGACUCCGUAUGCAUUCAAUGAAGAAGAAUCCAUUGAAAUGGCCAAAGCCGGUGCCGAUAUUAUAGUAGCCCACAUGGGGCUGACAACAUCAGGAUCGAUAGGGGCAAAGACUGCAAUCUCCCUCGACGAUAGUGUUCUUCUUGUCCAAGCCAUUGCAGAUGCUGCGACUAAAGUCAACCCCAACAUCAUCGUUCUUUGUCAUGGAGGUAAAUUAUAUUCUUGUAGUUUCCUGGGAGGAGCACUGGGUGUAAGUAUUACGUUAUAAUUUCUUGUGAAAAGAUAUCACCUUCUUUGAUUUACAUGGCAGAUCUGAUUCAUUAUUGGAUCACAAGAUGAUUUGAUUUUAGAAAGUUUUCUAAUCUGGCUGGUUGUUGCCAGGCUGAUCAAACCCGGCCGUCAUCGUUCCUUGCCAUUGAUCAUCGGUGAUAGCAUACGUUGUUAGAAAAUAUUCUGAAAAUAUCAUCUUAUCUGACUUUCAUCAGAUCUAGUUCUUCGGGCUUUUAAUCUUAGGAUGAUCGCGGUGCACCGUCUUUUCUAACCUGCCCGCAUAUAGAACCUGGGCUAGGCGUUGUUAGGCCGAUCAAACCCACCCAAAUGAGAGGAAUUAGUGCCGAGAGGGGCACCAAGCUGGGGUUGGUGAAUGAAGAUUUUUCUUGGGUUCUGUUUGGGACUUUCUUAUGUGUUGUGGGCCGGCAUCUCAUCCUUGACCGGCAGAUCUAUCGAAGUUAUGGGCUUUCCAGAGUCGUCUCAUCUUUCUUAUUUUCUCUCUUCGGUGGGAAACUAUCUAUCUACAAUUUUUCCUUCCAUGCAACUUUGACUUCUUUUUGGCUUAAAAAUCUGUCGUCGGGUCCGAUAUCGUGCCAAGGUUUUUUGACAAUGCAACUCAGAACCAGACGCCGACGCGUGAAGCAUGGAGAUGUUCAUUGUCGCGUGAAUUUAUAGCAUAGCCAGCUAGUAUCAGAUUGUAGACUCACACUAUAUCUAGUGACUCAUAUAGCAAGAAACAGCACGGGUCAACUAGAAAUUCAGUGAUUAUUAUAUCCUGCGGUAUUUACUAUCAAUCAAUCCUUCGGCGAGGAAGAAACAACGAAGACUGGACCUCAUCUUACUACAGGUGCGUCAUUUUGUGGGUCUGAUCAGAUGCUGCUACCCUGCAGGCCCGAUCUCGGGAGUCAGAGAAGCGGAGUUCGUGCUGAAGAACACCAGCGGGGUCCACGGGUUCUACGGCGCAUCGAGCAUGGAGAGAUUGCCGGUCGAGGAAGCCAUCACCAGCACCAUCAGGCUAUACAAGUCGAUUUCCAUUCGUUAA